CAACAAACCCUGCAAUCCCACGAGCUCCUCACCCCCACCCGAUAUCCUGAUCGUUUCUAGCCAUGGCCAUGGCGCCGCCGCCGAUCUGGGCCAUCCUCCGCACCCUCCUUCGCGUCUCCGACGACGCCGACCUCCCGGACGGCGCCGACAUCUCCCUCGCGCUCGCCGCGCCACCGCGCCUCUCCCACCUCACCGUCUCCACGCGCGUCUCCCCCGCCGACCCGGACCCGCACGCCAGGAUCCACUCCCCGCACGUCCUCGCCGCCGACGCCUCGGGCCUCCUCCUCGCCAUCACGCCUCCGCCCCUCUCCGCGCAGGACCCCGGCGAGGAGCGCGUCCACCGCGGCCCCGACGGCGUCCAGCGCACCUUCACCAUCAGCUACAUCUCCAAGCCGGACUACGCCGUCCUCGACCUCGCCUCUGCCACCGCCCACCGCCUCCCCGCCCACGACAUCUUCAGCGCUGCCUGCCUCGGCGUCAUCGCCGCACCGGCCCGCGACCUCAUGGUCGUCGAGUUCCAGUCCAUGUUAGGCGGCGACCGGGCCUCGCUCCACUGCUUCUCGUCCCACACCGGCGCCUGGGUCACCAAGCCCGUCCGCAACCCGCUCCCGCGCUGGAUCUGGAAUUUCCACGACGUCGUCUCCCACAGCGGCAAGCUCUGGUGGGUCGACACCGCCGCGGGACUCCUCGCCUGUGACCCCUUCGCGGACACCCCAGACAUGGCCUACGCCCCGCUCCCCAGGCCUAGGGACGACUACCAGGAUGACGCUGCUCCUGCUACUACUGCUCCGAGAGAAUGAUCGCCUCCCGCCGCGUCGUGCAGCUCAGCAACGACAGCUUCCGCUGCGUCCACAUCACCCCCGCGCGCCACGGCACCGCGCCCACCGUCACCAUGCGCACGCUCGCCAAC